AUGACCCGUAGCCAGUCGGGAGGUUUACUGCCGUUGAAUCCAGAGAUUGACCGCACCUGUCGCCAGCUCAGGAGACAACAACGAGCUAGACUGGCUACGGAAGAGCGCAUAGACGGCCACCUGAGCAGCGAUUCUGAAGAAGAGCACGGGAUGGACGGAGACUACAACCAACACCAGGGGAAUCCACAGCAGGUUCCCCCGGUGAAUCAGGUCCUAGGGAACAACCCCAUACCCCAGGAUCAUGGAGCUCAUCAUCCACCGCAGCCGGGUCCCACCUUGGAGUACUACUACACUCCGCGGAUUGCUGACAUACGCCCGGUCAUCCUCUACCCGCCGAUCCCAGCAAACAACUUCGAGAUCAAGCCAUGCUGGAUUCAGCUCAUCACAUCUUCUAUCCAGUUCCAUGGCUUGAAGAAUGAGGAGGCCAGGGUGCAUCUUUCCCGUUUUCUGCAGCUGACAAACGGGUUCAAGCUGAAUGGUGUCCCAGAUGAUGCGAUCCGCCUUCAUCUCUUCCCCCAUUCUCUGGCGGGGAAUGCUAAGAGGUGGUUGGAGACCCAGCCCCCAUUGUCCAUCACCUCUUGGGACGAUCUGGCGGACAAGUUCGUGCACAGGUAUUAUCCGGCAUCGAAGACUACAGAGAUUCAGCGGGAGAUCACUCACUUCCGCCAGGAGCCAGCUGAGUCACUUCGUGAUGCUUGGGAGCGGUACAUGGGCUAUUUCUGGCAGUGCCCCCAUCAUGGCUUCAGUGAUGCAUUCACAGUGGGGAACUUCUACAGUGCCCUUUCGCCAGAUAGCCAGAGGGUGAUUGAGUCUCUAUGCCCAGGAGGGUAUAUUCUUACCAAGACUCCACCCGAGCUGAACCAGAUGAUCGGUACUUUGGCUGCCAGAGAUCAUUCUUGGGGACAGGGUAGCCGAGGCAGACAGUCCCGGGACCGUGGUGUGCACGCCAUGGAGACCAGAUCCGGGCUCGAGCAGCAGGUAGCUGAGCUAGUGCAAACAUUGAAGCACCCCAACAGUCUGAUUCCGGGUAGAGGUUUGGCUACACCUCCAGUAGCUCAAUGUCAGUGGUGUGAGAGCUCCAAUCACCUAGUGGAGGACUGCCAGGCUAUGAGGGAAUCUACUACACCCCAGGAGCAGUUGGCCUUCAUCGCCAAUGCGAGGCGCCUCGAUCCAUACAGUAGCACAUAUAAUGAGGGGUGGCGCCAGCAUCCCAACUUUGCCUGGAGCAGCAACACCACUAAACCACCUGGUUUCCCAGCACCAGCAGGUGGUUUUCAGUAG